CCACCUGUACUAUACCUGCACGACCAUUCGCCUCCUCGCCGCACCAUUCCAUCCUCACGCACGCAUAAUCUUGGCCUCGACUCCUCCUCAGCCAAGUUUCUGCACGACCUCAUCCUUAUGCACGGCCUUGUCCUCGUCUAUUCCUCGGACGACCUCAUUUUCGUCUUCCCUUGCGCACGACCCACCCACGACACAUAGACACUGGAUACCGCUGUCCAUCCCAUCCAGGGACAUCGCUAUGCACCCGUAUGCAAGUGCAUGCGGAUACUGUAUGCACUUGCAUACGGAUACCGUACGCAUCUACGUACGGAUACUGUAUGCACUCACAUACGGAUACUGUUAUGCAUGCAUCCCAGUUCCGCCUCCAAUCACACGAAGCUCCUCUGUACUAUAUUCCGUAAUUUCAUGGCUGCGCCCUUUCCUGCUCUUCCUCCUCAUCGUACUCUCGCUCGUAACUCACGAUCUCCGUAGCUACCUUGCAUUAGUUCCUAUCAUUAUUGAUUGUUUCUCUGCGUUCCUCGACUGGGCGACUUUGGUUCUUUUACUCGGCACUUCAAGUGCAGUACCCGAUACCUUCCACUUCGGGGCUCGCUGUCCUAUUGAGCCAGUCGGCGCCGUCAAUUGACUUUGUCCCCGACUCGGCUUCUGACGCCCCUUCCUCGGUCGACGAUUCCCUAUACUUACGGUCCGGCAUCACUGUCGUGUUCCUCGCCAGCACUUGGACUGUCGCGGGAUGGACUCGUGCU